AUGGCUAUGAUUUCGCAGGAUUUCGGAAACGCUGCACCCGGCAUCAGUGCAAGUCAGACAAGUCGGACCCAGAGAGUGGUAGUUCAUAUCCUCCACCAAGCACUGAGACUGGUGAGAAGUCGGGUCGGUAGCAAGGAAGCCGCAUAUCCCCUCCUACUGGCUUUGUUUCUGUCUCUAUCCCCCAGAGCGGCGCACGAAGCCACUCGACUCCGACUGAAGGCGGCGAUAGACGGUCUAGGACAUGGUCUGGGCCUGGGGAGAGCCCCAAGUACGGGCAACAACGACAGCCAGCUUCUCGACACCACUGUCGACUUCACCAGCUCGAUUGCUCACUGUUGUGGGAGAGCCACCGGCCAGCCAUCCAACUCCUACUUUGCCAAAGUCUGCGAACUCAUCGAUACCCUUGAGACGCCAGAGUUUGCAAGAUUAAGGGGUAACGGUGCCUUUGUUUUGGCCCAGAAGACGGAUGACCUACGCGAUCUCGUUUUUGCAGAGACGUUAAAGGAAGACCUAGCCGAGAAAAACAGCAUGAUUGCAGCCAAGGGCAACUUUACGGGGUUUCGGUGGGAAGAAGGCAUCAGCGAAUGGAUUGCAGUUAGCCCGUUGGCAAGAAGGCAAAGAGACUUCACCCGGGAAGCCCUACCUCGGCGCCGAAGUGGUAGACACAACAGUGGCAAAGAUGACGUCCGGGUCCUGGCGGAUCGAUCGGAGCCGGAUCCGACCACGGAAGGAGCCGACAAAGCCGGGCCUCUGGUUAUCGCAAGCCCCAGACUGACGGAUCAGCCUGUUGGUGACCAAGUGGGCCGACGACUAGCGGGGAAGAGAAAGAGUACACAAAACGAGGAUCAUGGCAGCCGCAAGAGAAACUCGAGCGCUGGAAUCGCUGGAAUCGCUGGAAUUGACGGAGUUGACGAGCUUGGCAUGGGUUCAGAGAACUGGCCACGAGUUCUGGGAGCCAGGAGACGGGACGGAUGCCGGCGGGUUAUCCGGAGCAGCCAGACAUGGUCUCGCAAGGUUUUGGCGGACUUGGGCGAGCAAGUAACCCUCAAUGGCUGUGGACACAACGACGAGGAUGAGCUGGGAAUUAAUGACGACUGCAACAAGUAG